UAAGUAGGUAAUUAGCAUUGUUUUGUUUGUAUAUAUGACGUUAAACUGCAUGAUGCGUAGUGGUGGUAUUGUGGCAGAGAGAAUGUUCGCGCUAGUUCUAAUUGUACGAAGAUGUGGCUGUGGAUGGUACUGUGGCUCGUGUGGUCCGCUCAGGUCAGCGCCACGCUCGACUUUGGCUUCUUCACGCAGAAACAACAAUAUGCACCGACUCCUGAGAUGAACUGCUUCGAAUACUUGAGAUUGAACACUCCUAGAAUAGGCAGAGUUUAUAACGAAGCAUGGUCGCAGAAAAUAGGCGUGAUGGAGAACUUACUGCCAUCUACUAUAUUUCCCAUAAAUCUGAACAUAAAGGAUGUGCCGAGACGCAGAUUCGAUUUGUUGACGAGGACGGACGACAUUGUAAAAGAACACGCAAAAUUGGUGCAGGACAUCAACGGGCUCAAGCAAGUUGUUUUUAUCCCUACAAUAGGCGAAGAUAGCAAAGAUUAUGAAGAUUCUAUUUUUCAUGAAAUUAUAGAAACUUCUACAACUUUGAAACCUAUGUUAACCAAACCAUCAAAAACGAGUUCGAUCCCUAUAAUAUUGCUCGGCGGUGCAAGUCAGCGACACGUAGUCAAAAGUCUGCCAGUGGAUUAUUCGAAACCCGUUAUAAACUUAGUUGGGACUACAAUAUCUCCUGUGAAGCACUCAUACCCGUUCGUGAUGCCAUCGACUUCGCGUAAACCAUUUAGAGUGUGCAUGUCCACGAUGCCCAUGUACUCAACAACUACAAAGCAACCGUCUCUAUGGGAGAGACUAUUAAAUUCCAUUAUACCAAGAUAAUUAUAAUGCAUUUCUUAUUUAAUUAGUUUUUAUAUGUUAUAUAUGAUUCGUCGAACGUAUAGCUGCGAAAGAUUGGAAACAACAACAAUAAAAAGGUAUCAAAUAGCGAAGCUCGCCCUCCUUCGAAAUCUCAAAAUUGUAUAUUGGUGAAUUAGUAAAUUAGGUUUCUGAACUCAUUCUGAAAAAAAUAACACUAAUAAUAUACUUUGGCAGAGACUGGUAGUGUAAAAAACCUAAAAUGUAAGUAUAUAAUUUGACAAUAAUACUGUUAAUUUUAGUUAUUUAAUAUAUAAAUAGGCAAGGGCGGUUGCUUAUUCUAAGAUCAUUUUAUUAAUUGUAUAGUAAUUAUAUAUGUAUGAGCAUGAAAGCGAAAUCUUUAUAUGAUGUUAGGAGUGCGUCUUCUCUCGGUACGAGUCUGUCACCCCUGGAUAAUCAUUUCACGUGCAGAUGCGCGUGCGCGGUUGAUUCGCGAUCUAAACUCUAAGGGGAUCUAAUAAACUACCUGGAGCGUGUAUCUAUCCUAUUCCUUUAUUGUUCUUGAAUCAUAUAUGUGAAUACUAAAUAGAUUCCCUAGGUUCAACUAUCCUCUUAAAUGAAUAGUUCCCUUCUUUUAAAUCUAAGUCCUAACAUACUUCUUUCCAAAAUGUCUAAUGACGCAGUCGUGCGCAACUAUUAGUAUACAAGUAAUAUCGUAUUGCAUGAAAGCCGAGUGGUUUACGUUUGUUAUUAUCUGGACGCAUAUCAACAUGCGUUCGUAUUUGAUUUUGUCUCGUUGUAAACUCGUGCAACGUUGUCUUCGCUCGCGUGUGGUGUCUAAUUACACACUACUGUUAUGUAUUGUGUUGUUUUUUACAACUUUUACGCGUCGGAAUGGAAAAGUUGAACGUUUUAUGUAUUAUGACGAUGUAAUUUGAUUUCAAUGUGCUUUGUGUUAUGCUCAUUAUGGUUGAAUUCUCGUAAUGUGAUUUUUGCUAUCUUGUUACGUUGCUGAUCAUAAUGUUAGGCUAAAGUGAAACAGAAUUAAGUUGCGUUUAUAUUAUUGCGCUGUAAUUCGUAUUAACACUUGUAAAUGAGUUUCAAGACAUCGUUUUCAUGGGAGCAGUAGCAUUACUUGAUGUGUGACCAUUGGAGUUCUGGGAUUGUUUCGUGAACGGACGGACAAUCAAUAUAUAUUUUUGAAUUCUAUGGGACAUGUUAUGUGAAAAUUGGCGUCGAUGGAUUUGUUUUACGGCAUAUUAAGAAAAAAAAAAAAAUUACGGCACCCAUAGCUUAGUCCGUUCACUAUGUUUGUAACCAAGUCAAAGCUAAA